AAUUUUCUCAUUUCAUUCAAGCCAACGCAGCGAUCGGAGGCGUGCGGUAGUAAAGUCAAGUCUGUUCAGUUCGUCGAAAAAAAUGGAAAUUUGCGAGGAAAGCGGAUUUUUCCACGAAGAUUUUUCAAAGUUUCGCAGCGAUAUCAGUGAUAGUGAUAUUCGGGCGUUUUCCCAGCUGGAGAAUGACGAACAACGCGUUCGAUUUGUCCACCAGAUAGUUGAAGAUCGUUACGGUGGGAAACUGUGGAAUCCUGUGCGUGAAAUUGGCAUUGGCAAAAGCCUGUCCAAGGCCCUGGAUGCCAAGGAGCGGGGAAAUAGUGCGUUUCAGUACGAAAAAUGGCAAGAAUCGUUACGGUGCUACAAUGACGCGUGUUUGCUGCUGCCAUCGAAAAAUGACUUGGAGAAAGCCUUUAUUCUGGCCAACCGAUCAGCCGCUUUAUUUCAUCUCAACAAGUUUGACCUGGCCCUAUGUGAUAUCGAACUAUCCAUUCAGCUAAACUAUCCCGAAAACAUGCGAUACAAGCUUAUGGAACGUAAAGCCCAAUGUUUUGCAGCACUGAAAGAUCUUCCAUCGGCCCUAAAGUACUACAGAGAAACAUUCACCGCUUUACACGUGAGCAACCUCGGAGGAGAAAUGCUUGAAAAACUGAUGAAGGAAACGCACAAGAUGAUUGUCAGCUUGGAUGUGCACAUUGCCGAUGUUAAGAAGUAUCUCUGGGCACCAUGCUUUUGAAUGUGGGUUUUUGUCGUUUCUGAGGAAUUCCGGAGCAAAUGUAGUUUCCAUGCUGGCGCUGAGGAUAGUGUCUCAAAAAUCGGAGAAAUAUUUCUAUGAACUGCAGGAUGAGUUGGACAAUCUACAAAAUGAUUUUGUGGAUAGCUUGUUAUUUGACGAUUAUCGUAAAGUUUAUAAUUUUGUAACACACGGUCAACAAAGGAAUGCUGAAGAUUACUUGAAAUGGACGGUAAUGUCAGUAUUACUCAACACAGUUUUAGUUGCUGCGGGUUUUAGUAUAUCCGGAUCACUAAAAGGUUUCCUCGGAAAGAUUUUGCUGCAUAACCUCCAAAUCGUAACGUAUAAUUCUCACGAAAUUUCCGAACUGCAGCGCAAAAAACCGAAGGAUUCAGGAUUUUCGGUCUGCAUUGGAGCUGGUUUGUAUCCCACGCUGGUGCUGUUCAACCAUUCCUGUGAUCCUGGGAUAACUCGAUACUUUGUGAGUAAUGCGGUUUACAUUCGAACAAUCAAAAACAUUCCAGCCGGAUCGAUGGUGGCGGAGAACUACGGGCAGCUGUAUACCAGAGCCGGGCGUCGAGAGAGACGAAAACUGCUGGCAGAGAAUUACAAGUUCGAUUGCUGCUGUCAAGCUUGUGAGGAAGAUUGGCCAUCUCUGCACGAAAUGAAUCCUAUGAUAAGAAGGUUUAAAUGCGGCGCAAAUGAAGGCUGUAGCAAUGAACUGUUAUUUAAGCUAAAUUCUACAGAAAAUGAAAUGGAAUGUAACAAAUGUGGGGGAUUGACUGAAGUCAAUGCCAGUUUUGAAACAUUGAAGCAAGUGGAUUUCCUAAACCGGUACAAUGACGCAGCUCGCAUGUACUCCCAAGGAGAUUUUGAACGGGCACUUUCUAAGUACGCUGCCCUGAUUAACUCGCUGGAUGAGAUAUUGGUGCCGCCUUAUAUGGAAUAUCAUCUCUGCCAGCAAGGAAUUCGAAGGUGCUCACUGGAAUUGGGGAGUAAAUUUACUGAUCCGAAGUACACUUAAUAAAAUUGCUUCAAACUCCAGUCUAAGUUUUUGCCUA